ACUGUACAUACCGUACAUAUUGACCGACUGAUAAGUCUGAACUAGUAGGAUUUAUACAAAAUGGUAGAUUAGAUAUACUAAUGAAGUCCUAAGAUGUUUUCAUGACACAAUGAAGUGUAGAAAUGUACAAGACGGACAGGAAUGUGGUGCAGACCUGCCGUCAAAUGCAAAAUUUUGUGGUGAGUGUGGAGCUGAUGUGGUUAUCAGAACUGGUAACUGCCCAAAUUGUAAAGCAACCAUAAAAGAAAGUCAGAAGUUUUGUUUCGGAUGCAAAUGGAAAGUAAAUGAAAGUAUUUUCCAGUCUCAUGCAUCAACGUCUGAGAAAGAAGGAAGUGAGCCUGAGGGACAGAGUACUCUGAAAAAGGACACACCUGUUAUCGAGGAAGAGAAAUUGAGCAGCACAGCGAGUGCCAGCGAAGAACACGAACAGACCCUGUCAAAAGAAACUAAAAUAGCACAACAUGCUGUGACAGAAGACAAGAUAUCUAAAGACAAUCAGAUUAAGGAGAGUACAAAACACGAAGCUGAUACGCCUUCUCAGGGAAAUGAUAACGACGACGACGCUUCAACGGUCAACAUUAAGCAAGAAGGCAACGAAACUGAAGGACAAUCGAAUAAAGAUUCUCCUGAAAUCAGUUCAACAGAAAAGAUACAAGCAACAACUAUUGCCAAUUUAGAGAGUGCCUCUUCAUCUAACAGUGAAUCACACACAUCACACAGUGAAAGUAGUGAGAAUGCUGAAGAAACCGGGAGUUCAUCUGGUAGCAAUUCAUCUGACAGUGAAGAAAGCGAAAAUGAUACAAUACAACUUAACAUUGAUAACAGCAACGAAAGUGAAAAAGAUGAUGAUGUCAGAGACUUAGAUAAAGGUGACUCCGGUGACAACCGAAAUAAGGAACAGGUUGAAUUAAAAGAUGACAAGGAGGAGGCAAAACAUGUGAUCAUUAACACAGAUAAUCAAGAUAAAAAUGACCAGAAUGACUUAAAAGGCAAGGACCAAGUACCAGAGAAUCAGCAAACAAAGUCAACAGAAAAUAACGAAGAUGACCCAAAUAAGAGAAUGGAUACAGAAAAUGACAAUGCAGGAAAUAACGAUGAUUUAAAAGUACCACAGGUUACAAAAGCAAAUGUAGCACCAUCAGAAGAAAACGAAAACCUAGACGAAAAAGAAGAUUAUGGAAGUGAGACGAGCACUGAUUCCUCGUCCUCUUCCUCUGACAGUGAAGAUGAAAAUCAAGAUGAAGAUAAUCAGAAUGACUUAAAAGGCAAGGACCAAGUACCAGAGAAUCAGCAAACAAAGUCAACAGAUAAUAAAGAAGAUGAACCAAAGAAGAGAAUGGAUACAGAUCAAGGCAGUCUCAAAGGCGAACAAACAAAAGAACAGCUCAACUCAAAAGACGAUAAAGGAGAGGAACACUAUGAGAGAAGUAACACAGGAAACGACCAGUCAAAUGAUGAAACUGAUACUACUAGCCCUGGUACGACACAAAAUAUUGAUCUUGAUAACAAUCAGACUGGUGAAAAUGAAGGAAAUAAUCAACCGAAAACUACAGAACGUUCUUCUAUUAGUGAUUUAUCUGAUAUCGAAAAUCGUGAAGGUGACAAGAUACAUUUAAAUAUUGAUGUCGACGAUUCUGUAAACCCUAGUGCAACCAGUCCAGAGCAUCUAGUUAAUACAGGUGCAUGUUCAAAUGUAAUACCACCCGAAGCAUCCAGCGAUGUUAACAAACAAGGAAAGGGAAAAUCAACUGACAGUGCAAAGAAAAAGAAAAAGAAGAAAGAAGACGACAAAAAAAUUGAAAAGAAACUCGCAAAAAAAUUAGAAACAGAUAAAAGAAAAAAAGAAAAAGCAGAAGAGAAGCGACGAAAAAUCGAAGAUGACAUAGACAAGAAACAAAAAGAAAAGGAAAAACAAUUAAAAAAAGUAAGCGAGAAGAAAAAUCAAGAAGAUAAAAAAGCAGUAAUAACUAAGGCGAGUCUGCAACCCAAAACAGAACCAACAAAUGAGGGGAGCUCUAUAGAUAAUAAGAGUGGUGUGAAAACCGAGGAACAACCGCUAUUGCAGAAUGAUGGAAACCAAGCGAAAACCGAGGCAGUGUCGGAUGAUAUAUCAACAUCAUUACAAAAAACAACAGCAACACCCAACAAGGCUAAUGAAACUGGCAUACAACAAAAUUUACAACAUGCAAGUGACAACCAAACUAAUGCGAACACCACAGAUGAGAAUGCUGUUACUGUUUAUUUCCAUGCUAUUUUUUCUCCUACUAUACUGCAAAACCAUGAGAAUGACGAUGUGUUCGUAAGAGUAAAUGCCAAAUAUGUAAAGAUGAACUAUAAACGAACGAUUAGUACACCAAAACCAGAACUCGUAAGUUACCAGUACGAAGGUAUGACUGUCAUAAAAAAAAGUAAAACCACCCCUUGGGCAGUUACGUACAAUUAUUUUGUGAAAGUUGGUGGUAAAGAUGAAGUAGAAGAAUUCAUUUUCAAUCAGGGACAGUCAGACUUUACUGCAAGAACUAUCACAACUGGAAGAUUGACACAAAAAGACGUUCAUCACCAGUUUGAUGGAGUUGUGAGGAGAAAAGUGGUCAAAGAGAAGAAUGUGAUAUCAUACGUUUCUGGUUUAUUUUGGAAAAACAAUGAGGAAUAUCAAAAAUUGCUCAGAAAAGAUGUGAGUCUUUCCUUUGAAACUUUUUUACCAGAAUGGAAAACUGUUUGCAAUGGAGGAAUAAAUGGUAAACAGCUCAUGGAUAGAGUGAGAGAUGUUUACCUUUGUUUAAAGAUGAAUUAUUGGAUAAGAGAAAAACUGUGGCCUAUUUUUCAGGACUAUGAAAGUUAUACAAAGCAAUGCCUUACACAGUAUUUAGAAAGAGGAAUCGCAUUGCUAGUGGAAAAGAAACAAAGUGAAAAACAGAUUGCAAGAUUAGAUACAGCUAGCAUCAAUGUUACUACUGCAGCAACGAUUGUCUUCUUACAAGACUAUUAUGAAGUUGUUUUAAAUGUAUCAGUGAUAUCUAACCUUUGCACAGCAUUAUUACCAAACAUAAGUUCUAAGCAGACCUGUUUAAAUGAAUUGGAGGAAUUGAAGAAGAACUUUUUAGGUUUAGAAGGGAAGCUGAAAGAGAGGCUCUUAAACUUUGUCAAGUUUUUGUUGCGAGGAGAAAGGCCAUUUAGGUUAUGGCUGUACUGUAUACCUACUUUACAUUAUUUAGAAGAUCGAUAUCAACCCUUUCAGACAGCACCGGAUAGUACAAAUCACAGAGAUGUAAAGCCAGUAUGGUGGGGAAUUGACAGUAUCAAGUUAGAUUUGGAAAUUUUCAAGAAACGACCAGUUGUACUAAGUGAUAAAGAGGUGUUAGGGUUGAUUCCAUAUUUUGAGUUGGACUAUCUUCUGCCAAGGACACUUGUUGCUAGCAUGUCGUUUACAGAUUUGUUAAAUUUGAAAGAAAACUUCUGCAUUCCUGUUGAUGUUAUGCUUGCGGCAGUUGACUUUUUCAUACCCUCAGAGGUCAAACAUAAUCUAACCGUUACUCACAUGCAGAAUUUCAAGAAAAUAAUUUCCCUGGUUUCGGAAUCUGCAUGCAAGGCAUUCUCCAACAGGCAUUUGUCUUUAAAUGAUGCAGUACGAUCUUACAAAAUAGGAACAGAUGUUGCGAAAAGAGUUUUUGGUUUUCAACCCACGUCAACAGACUUAAAACUUAGAACAAAGUUUUGGAUUGUCACAUCUGAAUGUUUUCUAGUAAUUGCCGAUUGGUUUUAUAAGCUGUUGUCGUCAACGAACACCAGAGAGCAAGACUUAGGAUUUGUUCCAUCACAAGCUUUGAAAAUGGUGUCAAACGCAAUGUGUAAUGAAUUAAAAGAAGCAAGAAGGGAUAACUGGGGAACAGAAAAAUAUAUUCAGCUAUGGAAUAAUGCCUUCAAAAUGAGAAUCCCCGAGGGCGACAUUCGGACUGAUUGUAUGAAAUGUUUGCAAACUAGUUUGAAGGAGUGUCUUAAGGAAUGGAAAACUGAAGAACAAACAAAAGAGAUCAUAGACCUUUACUGCACUAACGUAGAUACAUUUGAACCAGGAUUACAGGAGAUUUUAAGUCUGUGUGCGCUUGAGGCAGUAGAUAAAUGUGUCAAUUAUUUAUCAAACAAUCAACAAUACUUGGAAGGCACAAAAUUACGGCAUUAUGGAUCCCUUAUGUCACAUGUCUUCGACAGAAACAUCGAUGAGGAGAAAUUGAAGAAGAACAGAAAAGCUUAUCUUGAACAUGCUUUGAAAUGGCCACCUUUUUUGGUAUUUGCUAAAAUGUACAUGAAUGUGGAAUAUUCAAGUUCACUACAAGAUACAUGUUUAAGUCAUAUGAAGAUAUUCGUUAAUACACUGAACGAAGCGUGUAAUGCACUGGUAGAUGGUAGCAUCACAAUAGGCCAUCUUGAUACUUUAUUAUCUGGAAAAGAUCGAUUCAAGUCAAUUGUACAAGAGUUACGUAGAAACGAAACUGCAGCAAUUUUGACAACUUUACAGAUAAGGGAAAAAGAGCUAUCAGCCUUUAGGGAGACCGUGAUUGUCGUAAAACAUUUUGUCUAUGAAUGCAAAAAGGUUGAAGGUGAUGUUUACGACUUAGAAAGACGACUUUGGCAAUUAACCAAUCUUAAUCAAGAUAAUAUUGAAGAUGACAGAUUAGUUCUGAUAAAGGAUGUCUGCAGAGUUCAAUUUCCGAAAUUCAAUGCCAAUGAGACAGCUGGGGCGCAAAAUGUUCAAAGUUCCAAACCUGUAAUAGUUGCAUUUAACUUAUCCGAAGAGGAGCUUAAUGCCAUACCAUUAGUUUUACAACAUACCAAGGCCUAUUCUUUCAAGCAAAUCUGGAUCAAAAAUGGGAGAAACACAAAACUUUUGAAAGGACGUAAGCUAAAAGUCAAUGAAAUUCUAACAGAAGUUUGGCCGGAAACGCGACAACAAUGGGUAUCUUUGUGUGAGAAGUUAAGAAAUGGCGACAUUUCUUUUGGUGAUUUUGAAGAAUAUUUUUACAGCGAGGAGUGUAAUAAUUCAGACAAAUUAGAAAAAGAGCUCGUUGGUUUUACCGGAGAAAGCACAGACUGUGGUUGGAUACAAUCACGUUUUGAUCAAUUUCACAAUUUUAAAACGGUUUACACAUGUUUGAAGGGCGCUAAUGCAAUCAUGAACAUUGUUGGAAAAUAUGGAUUGAAAGGAGAUUUCAGUCAUAUAUCACAGAUAAUUAAGAUUACUAAAGGAGAUGAUGUGGAGAUGAAAAAGUUUGAUGUUAGUCUUGUGAAAACAUGUUCCAUUCUGAGGGGAAUUGACGAUAAAAAGGUUGAUUGUCUAACUGUUUUUUACAAAUGUCAACCGCUUGUUGAUUGGUUAAAAGAUUCAAUGAAAACUGGUUUGAAAGAACUGAAGGUGUUUGUAGAGCUCGCAAGCAUGUCAGCAGGUGAAACAGAUAUUGAAGUUGACAGAGUUCAGUUUCUCCAUGCAGCAACAACGGGAUAUGCACCACUCAUAUUCAAUUUGGAUACUAAUUGUAAUGAUUUACACUUUAUUGAAAUGUGCGAGAGCGUAUGGAAAGAACUAGAGACAGACUCGAAGCUUCCACAAAAGCUGCGAGACACUCACCAACAACUUGACUGGCUCAAAUCGGUUAAACAAUCCCAUGGGUCAGUUGAAGUUAGUUCACUUUCACAGACAGAGGCAAUAAAUGCAAGUGGGACAUAUGAAGUUGGAAAUUCCAGGGAAAUAAUCUCUCUUCAAAAACCUUCGCUGAAAGAUGUAUUAGCAUUGAGUGUAAUUCAUGAAGGAAGCAGUGAAACAGAAGAUACAGAUGAUAUAAAAGAAAUAUACUACAAGUAUGAACAGCUUCUUGAUCUUCAAUCAAGACUGAUGUUGGUAGCUGGAAAAGCAGAAAAGGGCAAAGAUGAAGUAGAUAGAUUUAUGCUAAUUUUAGAUUCAGUGGUGAGACUGGGAAACAUUUACAUAAAGCUAGUGACUGAUGGCUGUGUUUUAUUUAACUUUUGGCAUGCGACAUUCUUCUGUGACACAAAAAGACCUGUUUGUGCUUUUUUGAACUUUGGAUAUGGGAAAGAUAUGCAUACCAUUAAAGGCAGAACAGAUAGCACGAAAGAGGAUGUCAGUUUUCUUAUUCCCAAAAUUGCCAAAGUCUUAGAGAAUUGCCAUAAAGAAUGGCUUCAAUAUAUUAAUGACAAACGAGAAGAAAAUCCAUUGUUGAAUUAUUUCACUAUUGACCAGAUUGUAAUAUUGCAACAACAGUUAGUAAAAGUUGGUACCGACAAAGAACCGUCCCCCCUCAUUUAUCCUUUGCUUUCUGCUGUUAAGAAGAAUUGUUCCAGAGAGGAAUUAAUCAGUGCAAUGAAAACUGCAAAACAGGAUGUCACUUCUAUGGAAUCCAAGAGGGAUGUUGAACAAGACAUGGAUAGUGAAUCCGGCAGGAAUGAAGAAAUAGAUGAAAACAUUAAAAAAAUAAUGAAAGAUGGUUUUUCACUUUCUCUAGCAACAGAGGCUUGGAAAAGUUGCGAUAACAUUGAAGAUGCAAUUGACUGGUGCUAUGAUAAUGACGAAAACUUUGAUGAAGAAGAAGAAAAAGAAGCAGCCUUUUCCGGUUGGACAGAUACAGUACAGUCGAUGGCAUCUUUGACAAGAAACCUUGUUUCUGAACUUGGCCUUGGGGAAGAAAAUGCCUUUCGAAAACUAAAAAGAGCCCUCAAGAAAUUAUGGAAGAAUUUUCUUAGUUCUAUAUCGUCAAGCGUGUCUGACUAUCUAAGUGUUGAACACCUUGGACUGAUUUUAAAGAGACUAGCAGAAAAGGAAACCUUCCACGUUUGUAGAGAAUUGCCUUCAUAUUUCAAAAUAGGAGAACCAAACUUGCUUAUCUGUGAAGAAAGUGACAUGUAUAACACCGUUUUGACUAUAUACAGUCAACAGGAAAAGACACCACUACCACAGUCAGACGAAGUCUUGUUAUGUACACCGUAUACCACGCUUGACAUGGUUGAAAUAUUUUGGAGAAGAGCAGUUGAUCCUUGUAGUAAUAAGAUAUAUUGUUUGGUAAAUGCGGCCUGUCUGGAUUAUGAUAUUAGCGAUAAAGCCGAAAAGACUCUGCAGCGAUUACUGAAAGAUGCAGAAUUUAAAGAGUCAAAGUACAGAUUGAUUGUUUUAUGCAGUACUGAAAAUGAGAAUCAGUCUGUUAUCGUGAGGGCACUGGCUAAAUUUCACAGAAAUCAAAUGCCACUGAAUGUUGAUAAGAUUAAAGAUUAUUUGUCAUCAAAAUUGAAGAGUGAUUUACCAACUGAUACAACCUUGCCAGCAUGUAACGUAGAUUUUGAGAGAAGCACAAUCAGAGUAGUGAAAUCUUGGAGAGCAGGAGUAGGCAAAACUCUAUUUAAAAAACGAAUGACUGAGGAGCUUCAAAAGAUACUACUAUCGGAGUCCGUUGACUCCAUAAACAGUCUAACAAUUCCUCUUCACGAAAAGAUACUUAAUACUGACGAGGUCAUGAAUGUCCUUCUGAGUGUAACCCUUCCACCGGAAAUAAUUGUACCAAGAAUUUUCCAUUUUGACAUAUCUCACGAGGUACAAGAAGGUGUGGAUGAUUUCCUUUUCGACCUGAUUAUACUAGGAUGUUUACACCAUAGUUCUGGAAAUGUUUGGAGAAAAGAUGCAAUAGAUUACUACAUAAUAGAAUCUAUGCCACCACUAUCAAAGGGAACUGGUGUUCAGGAGGAUACAUUUACAUGUAUGCACCAUUGUUUAGAAGUUUUACCAGACAUUUUAUGCAGAGCUCCUCAGGAAUCUUUAAAUAUUCUGAAUAAAACAGCAAUACCAAAAGAUUAUUCUACACGCGAUCGACUGUUUGAUCAGAUUGAAUUCCAAAGUACAUUGUUUCAACGACCUUACCAGUACUUGAAAAGACAUGACACAAACAGUAAAUUAACUGAUAUAAAUUCUAAGGUACCAGAAGGAGAUGCAGCUCAUUGCCUCACAACAUUGCUAAGUCAUUGUGGAGUAAAAGAUCCGUCAUGGUCAGAAUUGCGGCAUUUUGUUGGUUUCCUUGACAAGCAACUGCGAGAUUUUGAGGUAUCAAACUUCUGUAGUGCUGCUGUAUUAGAAGAUUUGCCAGGAUUUCCCCAGUUUGUCCUGAAGUUUCUCAUACAGAUGUCUAGACAGACUUGGAAAUCAGAAAUGGAAUAUUCUCCAAAAGUAUUAUGUCUAAAACUGUUUAAAGAAAACUUUGAAUUUGAAGAAUAUUUAGACGUAUUACGUUAUAAAGAUAAGAUAACGUUAUGA